AUGAACGGAUUCGCACGGAGCUCUGACUUAUGGGGACUGGCACUAAGUCAAAGUCGCCAUCGCGCUUCCAUGAUGCGUCAUGAAGAAGCUUGGAAGAUCAAGAAAGUCGCAAUCCUUGGCAGCCGUCACAAAAACGUCGCAGCGCUCGUCAGGGCCUAUACCUCGGAUCCCAUCCACAUCGGACUGUUGGUCAACAAAUCUAGGCUCCAGGAAGAUGGUCCCUCACUUCUAGCAAAUAGAACCAAAGCCGGUAUGGUCCUGGACAUGACCCUAAACUGCCCCAGGUAG